GCAGGAAGUAUUGGACAAGUGAAAAUCAGGAAGUGUACUAUGUUCUCUAUUACAGUAUCUAUGUGCUCACGCUGAGCAACAGGUGCCUGUGCUUCUUUUUAAUACUAUAUUCCACUGACUCUACUACAGCUCUUGGCUCUAUGUUUUGCGCAUUUAUACACUCUGCACUGGACUGGGAUAUUACAAGGAGACGACCCAAGCAUUUUAUGGGCUGUUGAGAUGGAUGACAACAUUUACACUUGAGACAAUAAGACGGAUUGUUAUCAUGUUAUCUUAAACACUGCGGAACGUGAUCUAAACUAUUAUACUUUUCUACAGUUUCCAAAAUGGCAUCCAGAGGGACCUGUGACUUAUUCAUCCUUCAUGGGCCGGAUGCAUCUGAGUGGUGCCAAUAUCUUUUCAAACUCUUUGCAACAGACAUUGCUAUUGAAUCUUAUAAACUCUUGGAGGAUAGACCUAUAACAAGGAAAAGCAUGAAAUUAUUUCAGACUUGUAAAUGCAUUCUCAUUCUUCUGUCUGGAGAUUUAGAGAACACUUUCGACAAUCAAGAGGUUUUAGAAAACUUAAGGAAAGUUUUAAAGCCACCUAAGAAAGUGAUUGUCCUGUUUUGUGGGUUAAUCGAGAGAGAGGAUUAUACCUUUUUAUUUCAAGACUGGCCAAAAUGGAAGUCACUGUCCUGUGAAGAUGAUCCUGAUCUGUAUAUUACCACCAUUAUGAAUACCAUUUCAGACGAUUCUGGAUGUGGCACUGUUAGUGACACAGAUGCCGAUAGCGAUAAAGAACAACUGUCUGUACCUCAAGUAACCGGAAACCUAUUGACCAUUCAGCCAGAUCGGAUAUGUUGUGGGGUAAAGACACAGAUAUACCUGAUUUUUAAGUGCAAACUGGACAGUGGAAUUAAAAAUGAAGUUUAUUUUACACCUAUGAAUGGUCCUUCUACACGUCUACCUGCAACUUUCGAAAAUGACUACAUGUUAUCAGUGGAUGCUCCAGAUCUACCAUCUGGAGUGGUAUUUCUGAAAGUUUUUUCUGGAGAUCUAGUAAUGUGUGAAGCCAAGAUAUCUUAUUUCACUCAUAUGGAAGAAAUAAGUACUUUACUCAACAGUGCAAGUAAUCCUAUUGAAUUUAUGUGUCAGGCUUUUAAAAUUACGCCAUAUGACAGAGAUGCACUUGACAAAAUGUUGACAGAAUCACUAAGGAGCAACAUUCCGGCCAGUGGCUUAUACCUCUUUGGAAUUAACCAGAUAGAAGAAGAGAAUUGUAGUGCAAUCCAUCGAGAUGAAGAAUUGCCAACACUUCUGCACUUCUCCGCAAAAUAUGGGUUAAAAAAAUUGACAGCUCUCCUUCUCACCUGCCCUGGAGCAUUACAAGCUUAUAGCGUGGCUAAUAAAUAUGGGGAAUAUCCAAACAACAUAGCAGAAAAAUAUGGUUUUAUGGACCUGCGGCAAUUUAUAGAUGAAUAUGUUGAAACUGCUGACUUGUUGAGAAGUCACAUUAAGGAGGAACUAAUGGAAGGUAAUGAAGAUGAAAGUAUAUAUGAGCCAAUGGCAAAAGUGUCCGCUGAUCUGUUGAUGAAAUGUACGCUGCAGCCUGACAUGGACAUAUAUCUACCAAUGAAAGGCAUAGUGAAUCCACAAGACCCUGAAGAGAUUUAUGCUGAUAUGAUACAAAUUACAGAUGAUAAUCUCGCAUUGGAAUCUUCUCAUGAAAAUGACUCAGCAUUACGUAGAAUCUUAGAAGGAAGCAGCCUAGCCGAUGAAGAAAUAUACAACUCAUGUACUGAGGAGUCAUUUUAUGAUGAAGUUGGUGAAGGAAUGCCACAUUCAGCGGAAGUAAUGAGACGCCCUCCUGUACCUUAUCCAAGACCAGAGCAACUACCUGAUACAGAGCCUUACAUUGCAAAAAUUUUCACAAAGCCAACGAGGAAUGAGAAUGUUUAUGUGGCAUCUUCAAAUCCUUCAACGGGAACAAGUGUCAAACUGAGAAGAGACCGACAGCAGUCAAGUGUCUAUGACCCAUUUGGUGGCAUGAAAACCCCUGGCCAGCGUGAACUUAUCACAUUACAAGAACGUGUAAAAAUAGGAUUAAUCACUGUAGAUGAUGCUGUACUUGAGUUUAAAGAAUGGAAGUUGAAUCAAAAUAAACGAUCAGAUUCAUUCAGAUAUCAGCAGGAAAACCUUAAAAAAUUACGUGAUAGUAUAAACCGAAGACGUAAUGAAAAUAAAAAACUGAGAAAAUCUUCAGACUUAGAAAUCACAAAUCCCAUUCGACGUGGUCAGAAUUUAGAAAUAAAGCCUGAGCUUGGAAUGUAUGAGACUAGUUCGUGCUUACUUCCUCCAAAAAGAGACAUCAAACGUGGAAACUGGAAGACAGAUAGCACCUCUAGCACUGCAAGCAGUGCAAGUAACCGAUCCAGUACCCGCAGCACUCUGAGCAUGAGUAGUGGCAUGGAGGGAGAUAAUGAGGAUAAUGAGGUCUCAGAGCAUCCGCAGCCAUUCAAACAUAGGCAUUCCUUGCCAAAGGAAAAACCCCCACCAAGACCACCCAGAAUACAAGACAGAAGUAGUAGAAGGUCUCAACCAUCCUAUAACUACAGAAAUGCCCCUCCAGUGCCACCUAGAGGCCGAAACUGAGAAUGAGCGUUGACAGAGAAUGAUGUACCUUUUCCUAAUAACCAACAGGCAAUAGACGUUCCUUCCCAGUGUGUAAAAGUGUAAAAUAUAUCAUCUUUAUCACUGACUAAUAAAAUGGACUCCGUUGGAGCUAUAUUGCCAGCUCACUCUUUGUUACUCAACUAAUUUGGAUGAUAUCAACCAGCCAGAAGACUGUGAAGGGCUACUUAUCCACUUUCAGAAAUGGAGAAAUGGUUAUCCGCAUGAAUAAAGCUCAAAUAUCACAGAAUGUUGUGAGAACAAGAUGAUACAAUUAAACUGAUGUUUUUAGGGGAUGUUCACACAUACAGUUUAUGCUGCAAACUUUAUCAUUGAUUUUCCAAAAUAAAAUCUGCAAUACAAAUAUUGCUGCAUAAAAUCUACAAAAUAUACAUUAAAUGAAUUCACACAUAAAUCUUUUGCCUAGAAAAUACUACUAAUUGGCAGAAUGUUCAUCUUCCAGUUAAAAUAGUUGACAAAUAUCCCACUGCUUAUUUUGUGGUAAAAGAAAUAUAAGCUAUACUCAUCUGUUUAAUUCUCCACAAUAUACAGUCCAUAUACAGUCCUUUUUGCUGCAGUAAUAAGGUGCCAAUAUACCCAUGUCACCACAACAGCCAAUCUCUGCCUUCACUGGUAGAUGGCACAAGAAAACUAAGGCCAAUGAUUUCCUGCAGCCUUGAUGUGGGCAUAUGAGCCAUGUAAACAAAGCUGUUGGGGGAGGGGGGGGGGGGCGGCACAGGGCAGUGCUUGAAAUGGAGAAGAACAGAUUAUGGCAUUUUUAUUUUUUUAACCACAAUAUCAAGAGAUCUAAAUUCUUUUUGAUAAGUCAGACAACCCCCUUAGAGUCACAUUGCUUCCAAUUAUUGUAUUCUCUUUUCUUGGAGUGAUGCCAUUUUUACAGGAUGAGCCAACAUGUUUUGUAUAUCAGAUUAUCUGUACCUAUAUUUAUAUGUCUAACUACUGUAUAUUCACAUCUUGAUCCUGAGAAAUAUUGAAUGUUUUGGUGCAAUCAUUAUGAUGAGGUUCUAUAGUAAAUUGCUGCCUUCGGGUUAACACAGGGGAACUAACAAUUCUUUAAUACCUUUAUCACAAGUAAAAUAUAACUCAGCUGUAAAAUAUACAGUCUCUUAUGGUCUUAAUAAAGCCUUACUGUAUAUAAAUAUGUGUGACCAGUAAGUAAAUCAUUGCUAAAUGGUAAAACUGUGAGCGUAUACAAGUACUAAACCUAAAGACGGCAGCUUAAAAAAGG